AGUUUAAAAUUUUCGUAGGCGGUUGUACCAUCUAGAAGUUUGAAAUCUAUGAAUCAUGAUUGAAACAGCUUGGCAGACUCAAGCAUUUGGAUAGUAUUGUUGUGUAGCGUAGUUAGAUACUUGGAAAGCGAUUUACGAUAUUUCAGGAUGGGUGUAAUUUUCUUAGAACACAUCGGAGGUACUCGGUUGUUCUCCUGCGCUUCUUGUGACACCAAUCUUACAAACAGAGGUCAGCUGAUAAGCACGCGUUUUACGGGCGCGACAGGCCGUGCUUUUCUAUUUAACAAAGUCGUCAACUUGAAUUACAGCGAGGUACAGGAUAGAGUGAUGUUGACGGGUCGUCACAUGGUCCGAGAUGUCAGCUGCAAAAACUGUGAUGCUAAACUUGGGUGGGUGUAUGAAUUUGCCACAGACGAGAAUCAACGAUACAAGGAAGGCCGUGUCAUCUUGGAACGUGCUUUAGUCACUGAGAGCGAUGGAAUGGGCGACAAUAUUUAAUAGCAUACACAUAAGUAGCACGCUAUAGGAUAAGAAUACUUUAUAGUCAGUGCUAAAUCAGUUGUCCUACUUCUCUGUGUUCUUUUGUUAUUUGAAAUAAUCAAAAAGAAAAGAUUAUUGUAUGAGUAUACGAUGAUUUAUAUAUAAUAUCUAAUAUCUAAUAUUUUUGUAAACAUGAAACAUUAUUAUUUUAAAGCAAUUUUUCAUUCAACAAUGUAUUUUGUGCUAGGUCAGAUUUAAAAUAAACGUUCGGUCUAUUAUUGUGUUAGAAUUUUAAAUAUUUCUAUGUUUUUCUAUAUUAAAAUUUAUUGUAAAGAAAAAUAUAGAUUAUAUUGAAUAAGUAAGAUAAAUUGUAAACUACGACCAAAUAUAUUAAUUAACUUAAUAAAUCUCAGAGAAUUUGUUAGUUUAUUACAAACAAUAUUUUAAUCAUAUUUUUAUCUACAUUGAUCAAUAAAUAGACUGCGGAUGUUUAUGCAAAUUCAUAUUUUUAUGAAUAUGUAAUACUAAUAAAAUAGAACCUCAGAAAAUAUUUGUUUUACUCACCUCAAAUAUUAAAACGGAUAUUGUACUUUGAAUAUUUUAUAUAUUUUUAAUAUUAAUGCACUCUGCAUUCUGAUAUUUUUAAAUUUCUCACAAUUGCAUAAAAAUCCUCAGUUUAUUAAUAAAGAUACACUAAAAAUAGAAAGAAACCUAAUUGAAUUUUGAACGUAUACUAAAAAACCAAACAAAA